UCGGCCCCGUAGGUGCACCUCCCACCUAGGUCCUCCAGCCCCAGCGGGUGUGCUCGCGGGGGAAACAGAGGCAGGGAGCGUGCUUGUGAGUUCGUUCCUUCCUCAGUUCACACCCCCACAGCCCGCAAAGCUGCCCUGCCCUCCUGAGACCCGUAUGGAAUAGCAGGGAAGGACGGGAGGAAGGGAAGGGGCCGAAAGCAAGCAGACUCUGAAGAGUCGGCCGGUUCUGCCACACUCAAGAUGGCGGCGCGGCAGCGGCGAGGUCCCUCAGAGGCGGUACCGGCGCAUGCGCAGCGCGGAGUCCCGGCCCGGGACACAAGAUGGCGGCAGCGGCGCUGGGGAGGGCGAGGCGGAGGCGGCAAAACGGGAGGUCGAGCAGAACGUGUAGCCGCGUCCCCUCCAGUCCGCUCCGGGCAGUUGCUGAUGCGAGGAGGUCCCUGGGCCCCCGUUCACUCCACUGCUGACCCGGCCACCCACCUGUGCUGAGCCUUCCUGCAGGCCUCCCCCUGCCUCUGUUGGACCCUGUGACGUGGGGGUCCACCUGGUUGGAGAAGAAAACCCUCUCAUGCUAGCAUUGCAGACCCCAGAGGGUGAGAAAAAGAGGGACCUAGUCCAGCCUUGAGACCUGUGGGCUCAGCCCCAAGGCAUCGGGAAUCCCUCCUACCCAGAGAAUCAAGCUUUUUCUCCCCUUGCCAAUCAGAGCUUCUGAUCAGCAUGAGAUAAUCAGUGUGACCACAAGGAGUUGAUAAAAUGUCAGCAAGCAAAGAUAACUGAUGGUUAAACAUGGCUUCGUGCUCUUUUUGUGGGUCCGGUGUGGGUGCGGAGAUGGCCAAUGAGAAUCACGGCAGCCCCCGGGAGGAAGCGUCCCUGCUGAGUCACUCCCCGGGCACCUCCAAUCAGAGCCAGCCCUGUUCUCCAAAGCCCAUCCGCCUGGUGCAGGACCUCCCAGAGGAGCUGGUGCACGCGGGCUGGGAGAAGUGCUGGAGCAGGAGGGAGAACCGUCCCUACUACUUCAACCGAUUUACCAACCAGUCCCUAUGGGAGAUGCCUGUGCUGGGCCAACAUGACGUGAUUUCGGACCCUUUGGGGCUGAAUGCGACCCCACUGCCCCAAGACUCCAGUUUGGUGGAAACCCCCCCGGCUGAGAACAAGCCCCGAAAGCGGCAGCUCUCGGAAGAGCAGCCAAGCGGCAAUGGUGUGAAGAAGCCCAAGAUUGAAAUCCCUGUAACACCCACGGGCCCAUCGGUGCCUAGCUCCCCCAGUAUCCCAGGAACCCCAACACUGAAGAUGUGGGGGACAUCCCCUGAAGAUAAACAGCAGGCGGCUCUCCUCCGGCCCACCGAGGUGUACUGGGAUCUGGACAUCCAGACCAACGCGGUCAUCAAGCACCGGGGGCCUUCAGAGGUGCUGCCCCCGCACCCCGAGGUGGAGCUGCUGCGCUCGCAGCUCAUCCUCAAGCUUCGGCAGCACUAUCGGGAGCUGUGCCAGCAGCGAGAGGGCAUCGAGCCCCCUCGAGAAUCCUUCAACCGCUGGAUGCUGGAACGCAAGGUCGUGGACAAAGGCUCUGACCCCCUGUUGCCGAGCAACUGUGAACCGGUCGUGUCGCCCUCCAUGUUUCGCGAAAUCAUGAAUGACAUUCCCAUCAGGUUAUCCCGAAUCAAGUUCCGGGAGGAAGCCAAGCGCCUGCUCUUUAAAUAUGCAGAGGCUGCUAGGCGGCUCAUCGAAUCCAGGAGUGCGUCCCCCGACAGCAGGAAGGUGGUCAAAUGGAACGUGGAGGACACCUUCAGCUGGCUGCGGAAGGACCACUCUGCCUCUAAGGAGGACUACAUGGACCGCCUGGAGCAUCUGCGGAGGCAGUGUGGCCCCCACGUCUCGGCCGCGGCCAAGGACUCUGUGGAGGGCAUCUGCAGUAAGAUCUACCACAUCUCCCUGGAGUAUGUCAAACGGAUCCGAGAGAAGCACCUGGCCAUCCUCAAGGAAAACAACAUCCCAGAGGAGGUGGAGGCCCCAGAAGUGGAGCCCCGCCUGGUGUACUGUUACCCGGUCCGGCUGGCCGUGUCUGCGCCCCCCAUGCCCAGCGUGGAGAUGCAUAUGGAGAAUAACGUGGUCUGCAUCCGGUAUAAGGGGGAGAUGGUCAAGGUCAGCCGCAACUACUUCAGCAAGCUGUGGCUGCUUUACCGCUACAGCUGCAUUGACGACUCUGCCUUUGAGCGGUUCCUGCCCCGAGUCUGGUGUCUUCUCCGACGGUACCAGAUGAUGUUUGGCGUGGGCCUCUACGAGGGGACAGGCCUGCAGGGAUCGCUGCCCGUGCACGUCUUUGAGGCCCUCCACCGGCUCUUCAGUGUCAGCUUUGAGUGCUUCGCCUCGCCCCUCAACUGCUACUUCCGCCAGUACUGCUCUGCCUUCCCAGACACAGAUGGCUACUUCGGCUCCCGCGGGCCCUGCCUGGAUUUUUCCCCGCUGAGUGGUUCCUUUGAGGCCAACCCUCCGUUCUGCGAGGAACUCAUGGAUGCCAUGGUCUCUCACUUUGAGAAACUGCUCGAGAGCUCCCCGGAGCCCCUGUCCUUCAUCGUGUUUAUCCCGGAGUGGCGAGAACCCCCCACACCGGCGCUCACCCGCAUGGAGCAGAGCCGCUUCAAACGCCACCAGCUGGUCCUGCCUGCCUUUGAGCACGAGUACCGCAGUGGCUCCCAGCACGUCUGCAAGAAGGAGGAAAUGCACUACAAGGCCGUCCACAACACGGCCGUGCUCUUCCUACAGAACGACCCUGGCUUUGCCAAGUGGGGGCCGACGCCUGAGCGGCUGCAGGAGCUGAGCACCGCCUACCGGCAGUCAGGCCGCAGCCACGGCUCCAGUUCCUCGUCGUCUUCCUCCGAGAACAAGGACCGGGACUCCGGCCGCGAGCAGGGCCCCAGCCGCGAGCCUCACCCCACUUAACACAUCCUGCGGGGAGGAGGAGCCCCAGGGUGCUGGUACGGACGGCUGGGACUUGGGCCUCUUGGGGCUGAGCAGACCCCAGGACCCUCCCCCUGAGGUGGCAGCAGGACUCAGGCUGCCAGUGACAUAGGAAGAUUAUGGCUCUGCCAGGGCUCCCCCUCCCUGCCCGAUCCCCUGACUCCUCACCUCAAACUCGCUCCAGCUCCCGUGUAAAUAGGCCCCAUCCCUUCCCUUCCUACCCACCCCCCACCCCCUCACCCAUACCAUCUUAUUGCCACCUCGUUUCAUUUGUAAAAGGAAAUACAGAAGCCUCCCUAAGAACGC